CAAGAGCUGACGUGUGCAGAAGUCCUUCUUGUCCUGAUCGUUGUUCCCGUCUGAGUACCAGCUCCCACUGCCCUGAGGGCGGGCCGGCCUGCAGCGGAGGGAAAAGAGAGGAGGAGAAGGAAAUUGUCCCAGAACCCUGCAGUGGGUCCAAGCCUCUCCCGGGUGGCCAGUCUUUCCGUAGGUUGCGGCACAACGACAGGCUAAAGAAGAGGAAGGAAAUUAACCCCGAUUGGUGAAGGUCGAUUUGAGGGUCUGUUGUAGCAGGUGGCACCGCUUGAAGCGAGUGAGGAAGUUUCCUUAGAUCAGUAGAGAUCGGAAAGGUUGUUGGGCGUGGCACACCUAUAGGGAAGAGAAGAACAAACUGCUUGGCUUGAGAAGGUCCACCUCCAGAAUCAGCUAUUGUGGCCUUGAAGUGGCUGAAGACGAUUACCCUCCACAGGCCUGCACCCCAGCCUGAGUGACUAUUUCUUGGUCCCUGCUCUUGUCAGGGACGAUCACCUUCCACAGUCCUUUCACCCAAACCCAUAGCCCUCUUCCUUCAGCCUGAGUGACUACUCUAUUCCUUGGUCCCUGCUCUUGACAGGGACGAUUGCAUGGGCUACGCCAGGAAAGUAGGCUGGGUGACUGCAGGCCUGGUGAUAGGGGCUGGCGCCUGCUAUUGCAUUUAUAGACUGACCCGGGGAAGAAAACAGAACAAGGAGAAAAUGGCUGAGGGUGGGUCUGGGGAUGUGGAUGAUGCUGGGGACUGUUCUGGGGCCAGGUACAAUGAUUGGUCUGAUGAUGAUGAUGACAGCAGUGAGAGCAAGAGUAUAGUAUGGUACCCACCUUGGGCCCGUAUUGGGACUGAGGCGGGGACCAGAGCUAGGGCCAGGGCAAGGGCCAGGGCUACUCGGGCACGUCGGGCCGUCCAGAAAAGGGCUUCCCCCAAUUCGGAUGAUACUGUUUUGUCCCCUCAAGAGCUGCAAAAAGUUCUCUGCUUGGUUGAGAUGUCCGAAAAGCCUUAUAUUCUUGAGGCAGCUUUAAUUGCUCUGGGUAACAAUGCUGCGUAUGCAUUUAACAGAGAUAUUAUUCGUGAUCUGGGUGGCCUCCCAAUUGUUGCAAAGAUUCUCAAUACUCGGGAUCCCAUAGUUAAGGAAAAGGCUUUAAUUGUCCUGAAUAACUUGAGUGUAAAUGCUGAAAAUCAGCGCAGGCUUAAGAUAUACAUGAAUCAAGUGUGUGAUGACACAAUCACUUCUCGCUUGAACUCAUCUGUUCAGCUGGCUGGACUAAGAUUGCUUACAAAUAUGACUGUUACUAAUGAGUAUCAGCACAUGCUUGCUAAUUCCAUUUCAGACUUUUUUCGUUUGUUUUCAGCUGGAAAUGAAGAAACCAAACUGCAGGUUUUGAAACUCCUUUUGAAUUUGGCUGAAAAUCCAGCCAUGAAUAGAGACCUGCUCAGGGCCCAAGUACCAUCUUCACUGGGUACGCUCUUUAAUAAGAAAGAGAACAAAGAGGUUAUUCUUAAACUUCUGAUCAUAUUUGAGAACAUAAAUGACAAUUUUAAAUGGGAAGAAAAUGAACCUACCCAGAAUCAAUUUGGUGAAGGUUCACUUUUUUUCUUUUUAAAAGAAUUUCAAGUGUGUGCUGAUAAGGUUCUGGGAAUAGAAAGUCACCAUGAUUUUUUGGUGAAAGUAAAAGUUGGAAAAUUCAUGGCCAAACUGGCUGAGCAUAUGUUUCCAAAGAACCAGGAAUAACUUCUUGAUUUCGUAGUUUAGAAGCAACACUCAUUGUAAACUAUUCCUUUUCUCCACCUUGUUUAUAUGGUAAAGGAAUCCUUCCAGUUUCCCAUUUUGAAUAACGAAUAUCAUAUUGCAUCAUCAGUGCUGGUAUUUAACCGAGUUGGUCUUCAGGUUUAAGCUGGGCGAAUAUCACUACUUGUUCUGAAAAUAUGUUUGUUGCUUUUUAUCUCGCUGCCUAGAUUGAAAUAUUUUUAAUAUUUCCUCUGCAUAGUGAUAGUGAACCAAUUCAUCGUAAGUGAGCUCCCUUCUGUCAUUUGCCUUGGUUUCAUUUGUGUAUCAUCAAUAAAGUGUGUGCUAAUGCUAGAAAGAAAAAAAAAAGAAAGAAAGAAAGAAGAAAAACCAUCCUUGUCCUUUGGUUCAUAAUCUAGUUGGAGAGAUAAGAAAUAUACAAACCAAAAGGUAACAGAAUAUCUGGAUCGUAUACUCAGUGUCAGAUGUGCUCUCUCAGAACACAGAGGCAAAGGCUUCUGUGGGAUAUGCUAGUCAGCUAAAGCUUCUUGGAGGAGGUGGACAUUGACAAUGAGUCCUGAAUAGGGUAGGGCGGUUAGGACAUUCCAUGAGACAGGAACCAGGGGAGAAUGCUGGGAGAAAGUCAUUAAGGAAGGAACCCACUUCCAAAGACAGGAGACAGUCUGCUUAGAGUGGAGAGUAUGGGGAGUGGGAGUAAAUAAAGUUGUGGAGAGCUGUUUGAAUAUUAUUCCAUUGAACACUGACAGCCAUUAAAUAUUUUUGACUAGAAAAUAGUUGGGAUCCAUAUAAAAGUCUCCUACUGUGCAGUUUCAACAAGGAUGUGGCAACAUGGACCCUUUUGAACCCUGGUGGUGGCCAUUUGGUAAUACAUAUUAUAAGCCUUAAAGUAUGUAAACCCUUUGUCCUAAGGAAGUAAUUGAAUAAUUGGCCAAAGAUUAUUUACAAGGCAGUUCAUCCCAACACUGUCUAAGGCAGUAAAAAUUGGUAACAACGUGUUUAGCACACUGGAUUGGUUAAAUAAAUUAAGAAAUGUUUACACAGUAGGAUAUGAUAAAUAUGCUGAUGAUGAAAUCUAUAUUGCCAGGAAAAGAUAUUUAUCAUGCAUUGUUAAGUGAGAAAGGUAGGCUAGAUAGCAGUAUUCAUAGUAUGAUUCCAUUUUUUUGAGAAUAAUAAAACAUAUGUUUAAAAAUACACUAAAAGCUCUGGAAUUAUAGACACCCAAAGUAGUUAUCUUUGGGUGGAAGGAUAAUGAAUGAUCUUUACUUUUUAACCUCUUCCGCAUCUUUGUGUUCUUAUUUACCUAAAUUAAUAUUGAUUUUUUAGGAAAUUUUUGAAAAAGAAAAGUGUUGGUACUGAAGCAGGUAACUGAUUGGAGCAUGUAUUAAAUGGGAAAAAAAAUUAGAUUUAAAAUGAGGUGGGUUGAAGUUUCUUCUCCAAAAUGAUAGACGAGUGGUGAAGAUGAGACUUAUCAUGAGGAUUAAAUGAAGUAAUAUAUGUAAAGUAUUUAUGGUGUUCUGGCACAUAGCAGUUAAUUAAUAAAAGUGAGCACUGUUAAUUACCAAAAAUGCAGGGUUGAUGGUUUUCUGGUUUACCUUUGUUUUGCUGGAGCAUUCUGCCAUGUUUCAGUGUCAUUUAAUAAAUAACAAUAAAGGUUAACAUUUAUUAAGUGA